CACGUAUCUCCGGCUACGCAUUCUACGUACGAAACGCAGAGGAAGGACUGAAUAAGCGUACUGUCAAAGAAACACAGACUAAAAAAACAAACAAAUAUUUUUCGCUCACGUUAAAUAGCUACUGACCCACCAGCCGUAUAAAACGCCGCGGUGAAGGACUCAGACCGGACAGACACAGCCGGUGACUGUUCAGCAGCUGCUCGUUUGACCUGCGAUAGUCCGCACAGGAGUAAUAGCAGACGUAAGAAGCAAUGCCUGAAAAACAUGUCUCAGAAAGAAGAUAAUGAAGGGAAGAGGAGCUGCCACCGCACUGAUUUGUACGCCAGCGUUCCUCGAACAUGCCUGCCCAUCGUGUACCACCCAGACUACAACAUCACCUUCAUGGGCCUGGAAAAGCUCCAUCCGUUUGAUGCGGGAAAGUGGGGGAAAGUCAUUCACUUUCUGAAAGAAGAGCAGUUCCUGACCGACGGGAACAUUGUGGAAGCCCACGAAGCCACUGAGGAGGAUCUGCUGGUGGUUCACACCAAACGCUACCUCAACAGACUGAAGUGGUCUCUGGUGGUGGCAACAAUCACAGAAAUCCCACCUCUCCUGUUUCUACCUAAUUUCCUGGUGCAGCGGAAGGUGUUGAGGCCUCUGCGGACCCAGACGGGGGGAACAAUAAUGGCAGGUAAACUGGCCGUGGACAGAGGAUGGGCCAUAAACGUAGGAGGUGGUUUCCACCACUGCUCCGGCGACAGGGGAGGGGGCUUCUGCGCCUACGCCGACAUCACUUUGGCCAUCAAGUUUCUGUUUGAGAGAGUGGAAGGCAUCUCCAGGGCUACCAUCAUCGAUCUGGAUGCUCAUCAGGGAAACGGGCAUGAGCGCGACUUCCUGGACGACAGCCGGGUGUUCAUCAUGGAUAUGUAUAAUCGCUACAUCUAUCCCGGGGAUGGAUAUGCCAAAAGAGCCAUAAAAAGGAAGGUGGAGCUGGACUGGGGCACCGAGGACUCGGAGUACCUCCAGAAAGUAGAGCUCCACUCUGAGGGAGCGCUGAACGAGGUGCGGCCCGAUAUCAUUGUGUACAACGCGGGAACGGACAUCUUGGAUGGGGACCCCCUCGGAGGACUGUCCAUAUCUCCGCAGGGGAUCGUAAAGAGGGACGAGAUCGUGUUCAGGGCGGCGAAGCGGCGCGGCAUCCCCAUACUGAUGGUGACGUCCGGAGGAUACCAGAAGAAGACGGCUCGCAUCAUCGCCGACUCCAUCCUCAACUUGCACGGGCAGGGUCUGAUUGGAGCCGGCGAGGCCGCGGAGGGGGAGGGGGCGUCGCUGGUGACCCGCAUGGUGCGCGGCUCUGGGUCGGCUGGAUCAGCGUUCACCGCUGUCUGAGGAGCAUUAAUCCCGGAGCUAACACUCACAAGUGUGACAUUUAAAGGCACUGAAGUAACUUUGUAUCUACUACUGGGUGACGGCAGUGUUGAUAUUCCGCUGCUGUCACGCAGAAAUGUGUUAUUCCAAAUUUACAAGGGUGAGUAGGGUUAUUACAGAACGCCGGUUUGCACUUUAUGUCUUAGUUGACGGAAACUCAAAGGAGAAAUAAUUUGCUGGACCGAUGGCGUUCUAAUGGCUCCAGCCGAAGUCACGAAAAAGAGUUUUUAUUAUCCUUAAUGCAUAAUCCAUAAACGGGUUUUAUGUGUCGCGGAUGUUUGGGGGCAUCUCAGGAAAUGCAAUAAUAACAUUUGUGAGUGAUAUAUUAAGGUUUGAUGUACUUACACAUGCACUGAUACUCCGUCUCUGUUUAUGAUUGUGGAAGUAAAAAAAAACAACUGAAGAUAAUUGCAAAUGAAACUUGUACCCAUUUAACCUUCUAAUUUAAAGUUGCAUCUAAUCAGGUCUUAAGUUUAAUUGUGUUAAAAUUAAGUUGGUUCCAUUUAAAUAAGAUGUUGUUUUUUGUAGUUAAUGCUUUCAGUGCACUCCUCUAUGUAUAGUUAAUGUUUACAAAGGGGCCGAGUGUGAUUUAACUAAUGGUACUAAAGUAAUCUGAAUCCUCAGUGUUGGAACAGGUUUAAACUUAAACACUAAAAUGUGUGAGCACUUUAAUCAUUGUAUCAAAGAUUCAACCCCCAGACUCUUUAAAUUCAAACUCUUUUUUUUUUUUCUCUUCAUGCAGAUCAAAGUGUAAGCCCUGGUGUGGUCAGUGAUUAUAAUGAGAACGUCUUCACAGCGUACCUUCUGUAGGUUUAACGUGUUACGGCUUCAGCUUGGCUCUAUUCAGACGCACAGAGUUUCCCUAAUGAUGUUGUGAUAUAUGGAUCAGGGUGAUUAAUGCAUCAGCUGGAACAACAUCACAGCUUCAAGAAGACUGAACCCAACACAAACUUAACCUAAUUCUACCUAAAGUAAUAUUUUAAGGAGAGCAAACUUUCCUGUUUGUUCUUUCUCCCAUACAGCCGAUGGUUUCCAGCACGAAAUCUGCUCAAAAACUGUCAAAACGCUCACACAGAUAUUAGAUUAGUGUUUUGUUGAGUACUUUGACCUUCCAGAUAGAAAGUAUUUUGAUGGAGUUAGAUUGUCCACUGAAAGGCAGAUGAAGUGUCUACUCUUCAGGAAGUGAUGUUAAUACAAUUGGCAUCUCUUGGGAAGUAAGUGCACUUCGGUUUUGUUUUUAGGUUAAAAGUUAAGAAAAACAGCCAAAAUGAGCCCAAACCAGCGCGACACUGUAAGUAACACCCAUCCCAUGGUUGAGAUUAGAAACAUUUAAUGAAAGGUUAUUUUCAUUUAUUGAAGUUUUUUUUUACAUUAUUAUUUUUUAUUUUUUGUUCAUUGUCUUAUUGUCCUAUGACCUGAGAUUGUGGGUCAAGGCGGUCCACAUACAGGUCUGGUACGUCAGUGGUUCCCAACCUUUUCUCCUUGGAGCCCCCACUUGUAUCUAAGCUAAAUAAUUUGAGGAAUUAUUCGAUAAGCAAUUUAACUGUUUAAUACAGUUUCAAUUUAAUCAAAAACAGCUGUAGGUCAUAUUCUAAAUCUUAAUUGCAAAAUGUACAUCCUAACGUUUAAUAAUAGUUAUUAUUUUGUUGUUGUUUGCAGUUUGGACACGUUCCCCUAGCUUCAUAAAUUUACUCUAAUAUGUGCAGCAGCUAUUUAUUUUUAUUUUGGAAGCAGCAAUUUCUGAGUUUGACAACUCACAGUUAAUCUUUUCUUUUUUAUUUCGCUAUCAAACGCCAACGCUGCGUUUCCGACACAGUGCCGGGAUUCUUUAAUUUCUGCAUAUUAUACAUGUAAGGAGACGCACACAAUAUUGGUUAAAAAGUGGUGAGACAGGUGAAAACUGAUGUUGAGCUCAGAGCGGAGCCCAGGUUGGGAACCACUGUGGUACAUAAAGCUUUAGCGUUGCAUGGUCUACGUCUCUUGGUGCUGCACACCGCAUCAAAAGACUGCAGGGCAGACCUCCGAGUUGCUAAUGUUACCUUAAAUGUGGCCAAGGGUUCUUUUUUUUUAAUAAUAAAACCACAUCCUCUGUGGACUUUUUCUGCCGUUGCA